UUUUGCAGAUUUAUUGAAGUGAAUUUUAAGAAUAUUCUUCCGCGAUCUACAGCUUGGAAUUCGGCCGGCAUCUGGAGAAUUAAGUCUGACUCGAGUAAGGGCUGCAGCACUACAGUUGCAGAGUAUGUGCGUCCUUCGGCAGCCUCAGCGAUUUCUGCAUGUUAUAUGAUGGAUCAAAACCAUAAUGUUGAAAAUUAUGUCUAAGUAUCUGCUCCUGAUGGGUUUGGUACCCUGAAGUGGCUGGAAAUCUUUAGUCAGCUCUCUGGCGGAACAUGUGUUCGGUCAACUUCAAAAACCGAUCACCUGCAUAGAGUGGACUUCGGAGCAUUAUCCUGCGAUUCACAUGACAGUUGGCGUCAGGUUUUCUACUUCGAGGAAUUUGACAACUUCCUGAAAGAUUAGCUCCAACCCACCUCCCUUGAGGAAGAGACCAGGACUCAAUGCAGAGGAUUACAGACAAAACUCGGACACCAACCCUUUUCAGCAUAUUCUUCUGAUUGGAAAAUGAUUGAUGGGCGUCGUAGGAUGUGUAGUAUAUUGGUGGGAGUGAUGUUCGUAUCUACGCUUUCAGAAUUUUCGUCACGAUCUUUGUGUUGCCUUCAAUCUCUUCAUGUAGAGCAUUUAGUUUAUUCUAGACUGCGAAGCUCGCAGCAAGAUGGAGAAACGCACAACUGCUGUGAAGGUUCUGCUGGGUCUGUUAUGCCUUCACCUUUGCAGUAGCUCGGUCGCUGCUGAGGAUCAGAAUGAGUACAAUACAACCGAUUUGUAUGCGAUGGAGCAACUUUGGGGCGAAUGGAACAAGACCAAUCCAGAUUUUGAUACCAACUUAGCAGGAUGGAAUGACCAUGCCGCUAUGCAACCGCCGUGCAAACCGAGCAGUCCAUGGCGAGGAGUUUCUUGCAACGCCAAGCAGAUAUCCAUGUCUGACGGAAACGCAUGGAAGUUUGAGAUCGUUGGCCUGGCGCUGCGGAACGCCGAAAUUGUUGGCUCUUUGCCGCCGGCCAUUGGAAAUCUCACCAACCUCGUCACCUUAACCCUAACGGAGAAUCGGGGACUUACUGGUGCCAUCCCGGAAGAACUCGGCAACUUGAAAAGCUUGUUUGAACUAGAUCUUCAUGGAAAUGGCUUCACUGGAUACAUACCUAGGUUCUUCUACGACGCGUUUGGGUUCCUUCAAGCAAUUGACUUGAGUGACAAUCAAUUGAAGGGCCAGCUUCCGGAAAACAACAACUUCUCGUUCCGUACCAUUCAAACGAUGAAUGUCUCCAAGAACCUGUUCUCUGGGUCCAUACCUCCCAAGUUUCUGCUCUAUCUUAAAAACCUAGUUUCUGCGGAUUUGUCCCACAAUGAAUUCACUGGUGCCCUCCCAACGUUGGUGUCUCCGAACCAAACUAAGAUUCUAGAGCUUGACUUCUCAGACAACAAACUCAAUGGGUCUUUUCCAACAAUGUCGGGGCUCAAAACGAUUCGGACCUUCAAUGCGAGUGGGAACCUGCUCUCCGGAAAACUUGAUACAGCCUUGUUGUUCAACAUCUCCUCGUUAACAAAGCUGGACCUUUCAAGGAAUCGAUUCACAGGCGCCAUUCCUAAUUUAACCUCCUUAACCAAAUUGGAAUAUUUAGAUCUGAGCUACAACAAUUUCACACCUGGGCCAGUUCCUGAUUGGAUUGGCAAACUCAAGAGCCUUCACACGUUGAAGCUGCAAGGAGUCUCCCUCACUGGAGAUGUUCCUUGGUCUGUCCUAGCUGGUUCCGAGAGCUUGACGACUUUACUUCUGGACUUCAACGAUUUGAAAGGGACUCUAGACAUUAGUCGCAUACUCGCUGCGCCUAACCUUAGCCGGAAAAUUCAGAUAAUUAGCCUAAGAAACAACUCCAUCUCGCAUGUUGCUUAUUCUGGUCACAUUAACGACCUCAACGUCAAAUUCAAUCUCUCAGGCAAUCCAUAUUGUGACUUGGCCGUGAACCAAGACGACGACGACUUAACACGUUGUGUUUGUCAGCAGACAUGCUUUUAUACUGGAAAUAUAAAGAAUAACAAGAAUGUCAUUAUCAUUGCGACAGUUGUCAGCGGAUUUGUUACUGUGUUUGUGAGUCUGGUCUCCAUUGCUCUAUUUUGCCAGAGCAGGAGAGAGCGGAAGAAGCUUAUAUGCGAAGCUAACCAAAAAUUUGCGGAUUAUGAAGUUAAGCCCACUAUAUAUACCUACAGUGAGAUUCGAGCUUCUACUGGAGAUUUCCAUCCAGAAAUGAGGCUUGGAAGUGGACAUUACGGUGCGGUUUACAAGGGUACAUUUCCAAACGGAACUCAAGUUGCAGUGAAGCAACUGUUUACUAAGUCCCAACAAACCCUACAUGACUUCCUUAACGAGAUUGUUCUCGUUGCAGCUGUCAAGCACCGCAACCUUGUUAAACUGAAAGGAUGUUGUAUUGGUAAACAUGAGUAUCUCCUGGUGCAUGAGUAUGUGGAACUGGGCGAUUUGGAGCAAUUGUUAUUCGAGAAUUCGCAUAACGUCAACAUGUGCUGGGCUGUGCGGCGAAAUAUAUGCCUUGGAGUGGGUCACGGGAUCCAUUACCUGCAUUCUUUAACUCAACCGAGAAUCAUUCACCGCGAUAUCAAAGCAAGUAACAUUCUGCUGGACAAGAAUCUUGAACCGAAAAUUGCAGAUUUUGGUUUAGCUUUAUUGUUUCCUGUUGAACAAAGCAACGUUUUGACUAUACAUAUCGCUGGCACUAGAGGAUAUUUAGCCCCAGAGUACGCAACUCUGGGACAAUUAAGUGAGAAAGUUGAUGUCUACAGCUUCGGGGUUCUGAUUCUUGAAAUUGUGAGCGGAAGACGCAACAUCGACUCCAAGUUGCCAGAGGACCGCGUCUAUCUUCUGGAAUGGGCGUGGAAGUUACGCGACGGAAACAGACUUCUCCAACUCUUAGACCCGAAGCUCACUCUUCAAGUCCACGAAGAAGUGGAGGUGCUAAGGAUCCUCAACAUAGCCUUCCUGUGCUUGCAUAUAUCAGCUGAGAAGCGCCCCACCAUGGCCCGUGUGGUAGCCAUGAUGCAAGGUGACAUGGACGCAGAAAUUUCAGAGCUAACACAGCUUCGAGAAGAGAGCCGCUUGGACAAGAGGUUUGAAUCGAUCGUUCCUGACUUCAGCACACUCCCCCAUAACUUUCCCUCUAGCUCAAGCAUCAUAUCUUUACCCUCCAGCAGCACUAUACUAAGCAGGGACUCUACGAUGUAUACAAACUCCACUCCCUCUGCUUCCAGUAAUAGCGUGCUUUUAGGUGCGACCAGAUCUACGAUUGACAUACCUGGUGCUGAGAAGACCACAUGACCCAACUCGUAAGAAUUUUUGGUUGUCAUUGAAUCACCCAUCCAAGUGAGUUGUUACGGAGGUUGGACUUGAUGUCAGUUUUGAUAGUUAGGCAUUUGCAAUGAACCUCAAGAGUUGUUAACACUGGAUCACAUGCAGAAACUAGAGCCAACUGGGUUCAAUUCACAAUUCGAGAAGGAUGGUGAUCUUCAAGUGGGGUCUGUAGCCAUCUGCUUGCUCUGUGCACAAGCAAGAGUAGCAAAUGGAUUACUGUCUAAUUCUUCCACCCUCAAAUUUGACUCUUUUCUCAUCUUCUCUCCCAUCAGCUUGUACUCGAGAUCGCACCCCAGGGGUUUUUUGACUCAGUUCAUGAAGUGAGGAUUUCUUGUGCUUCUCCCUUGAUGGAAUUUGUUUCAUCGGCACUUAGUGAGAAUACUUUUUCUUUAGAUUGUUCACUACCUUGUCCACUCAAAACUCUGCAGGAAGUGAGACUCUGCAGGGACAGUGGUUGUGGUUGAGCUUGAGUCCCUUUGCUUCCAUCACCAGGCAAAGGUCCAACGCCAACCCUCCAUAGCUGCAAAUUAGCGAAGCCUUCUUAAGGACGUGCAGUCGAUUUGGCCAUCUGUGAAUACUAUCUUUCCUUCAUGCUCACAAGUAACAAAGAUUUUCAUUUUAUUCUGAAAAGAACUUUAUAUCAAAAUUAUUAUAAAUAAAUUAUCAACUAAGAUAUUGAAGUUUUGCUAUCA